CCGAUCCUCCAUGCUUCCUCUUGUUCAUCUCAGUGCCAGACUCCUGUCUUAGCCCGAGAUGUCGUUGACACCGUGACUUCGUGACUUGGUAUCCACGUGACUUGGUGUCCACGUCCACGUGAGUAUUCAUUGACUCUGGGUCCCAGAGUCGGUCUUCUACUCUGGACUUAUGCCCCUACAGUACUCCCAGACUCUGACUCUGGGAGCAGGGGCAUAAGUGCAGAGCAGAAGACCGACUUCUUGAAUCUGUGAAUCUGUGAAUCUUCGUGAAUCUUCGUGAAUCUGUUCUAAUGCUGCAAGGUCCAGCUGGUGGCGUCAGGUGGAGGUCUGCUCUGCUUUCUCGCCAAGAAACUCAAUGAUCCGAAUAUGUCGUUCGUCAUCUACAACCCUUUCACGCGACAACACCUUAAAUUGCCGACGCCAUUUGAGUCUGGUUCACGUUUCUGUCUCAAAAUCCCUAACUCAGGCAAUCUGUUGUGCGGAAUCGAUGCGAAUCUCGAGACAGGGUUUUAUAGGUUCGUGUUUUUAGAUCCUCGUUCUGCGUACGGUGAAGGCGAAACUUACAUCUACGACUCAAGAUUACGCUCAUGGCGGCUAGGUUGUAAAUUACCCUCAUCCAUCAGGAGGCUCGAUGGAUUUGCGGAGCCUUAUAUUCUCUACGGCAGAUACACGACUCAAUGUCUGACGAACGAGGGAAAAUUCUAUUGGUUGGUGAAUAAAACGGAAGGGCCAACCCUGGACUUGCUGUACAUUUACGAUGCGAGUCUCGACGCAUGGAGCUAUGUGUUCUGCCAAGGAUUGUGUUCUAACCAAAGGACUGCGUUGGGUACAUAUGAGACUUUUGUUAGAUGUAUGGAGCAUAAGGGCGAGAUCCUCGUGGUUGGAAAACGUGGACGCAUGCUUUCGAAGAACCCUUUUUGUUACUUCGAGAUUGUCGAUACGGGACCUUCGAAUUUGGACUCGACUGAGGGUCAGCGGUUAUACCUGCAAGAGAAGGCGAUGCCUAUGGAUCGGGUGCUCGACGUGAUCAUCCCCUUGCAGAUCGAAGAUACGCAGGAGUUAAUACUCAGCUGGGGCAUAGGAGCCGGAGACGAAGUUAUUUAUCUUCUGGAAGCGCAAUUGUUUGACUUGGCAAGUUAUCCCAAUCAAGCCGCCCGUUCUCGAGACGACUUCCCUUUGACUUUCCCGAUGGUGCGCUACGAAGAGGUCGAUGACUCUUGGACCUUAUUGUGCAACUGGAAGAUUGUUCACGAUAAAGAUGUGAGCCUGGGGCCUUCUGCUUCACAUGUAGUCUGGGCAUUCCAGCCCUCAUUUGUGAGCCCUGGGGCGGUUGAGGGUGUGAUCAAGCAUCCUCACGGGUACAACGAUGAGGAGUUGAUUUCUCAUCGUAGUUUUUGCAGUAGUUUUUGAGAAUGUGUAGAUAUGGAGAUCCAAGGUAAAUCGUCCAUUUAGAUCUUUGGUUCUUCUUCAGGAGUAUUCGC